ACAGUCUGCUGACAAAACUCAAAGGAGGAGGGUGUGAAGUAUUUCACCUCUGAUUUCAUGCACGCACCAGCCUGGUUUUCCCCUCAGCACGCGCCUACUUCUCCUCAUUCAUCCUUUUGCUUAGUUUGUGUCUCGGGCAUCUUUCUCUUGAGGCAUGAUCUAACAUACCGGACUUAACGGGACUUCUGCUGAGUUGUUUUUUUUGUCACAGUGGAUUCAUCCGACGCUUUACAACCGGAUCAACAUGAGCGCAGGAAAGCUCAGGAUGGAUGUACCUGUCAUGAUUCUGCUCAUCCACCUGACCCUCACUGAGAUUAAAGUGCUGCUGGCCAGCAGGGUGGCAGCAGAGUCCGGAUGCCCCCUCGGACAGUUCCCAUGUGGAAACAUGAGUGAGUGUCUCCCACAGGCUUUGCAGUGCAACGGACAUAAAGACUGUCCCAAUGGAGCUGAUGAGCGGCAUUGUGGGGACAACAUAGGAUGGGCGGACCUGUUCGGUCAAACGCUACAGAACUCCAAUCCCGUGGAGCAGUACUACCUAAACGAGUGCUUAUUACAGGAGUAUCCAGAGAGUUGUGACUGCAUACACACGCGCGUCAACUGUAUGGAGGUCAACCUGUGGGAUGUUCCUUUACUCUCUUCAAAUGUCACUUGGCUGUCGCUGAGGAGCAAUGAGAUCCGAGAGUUGUCUGAUUUUGUUUUCUCUGAAUACUCGGCCCUGGAGAGGCUGUUUCUGCAAAACAACAGCCUGCAGUUCGUCCACAAACACGCCUUCAGCGGCCUGCACAGCUUGAAGAGGUUGUUUCUCACUGAGAACAUGAUCUCCUCGCUCAGCCCUGGUGUGUUCAAGGAUCUCCAUCAGUUAGAAUGGCUGAUGUUGGAUCAUAAUCCCCUGAGCAUACUCUCCCAGGAUUCCUUCAUUGGGCUCCAGUCUCUCAUGUACCUUUCCAUGGUGGACACCUCACUCCAACAGCUCCCUCACCCCAGCUUCUGUCAACACAUGCCUGCCUUGGACUGGCUAGACCUUGAAGGAAACCAGAUUCAGACUCUCAACUUCUCUAUCUUAAAGACCUGCAGCAAGCUGGAAGUUCUGUUACUGAUGGACAACAGGAUCCGAAGAGUCCCUGAGAACACCUUCCAGUCUCUGUGGAAACUGGCUGAACUGAAUCUGUCAAGCAACAGGAUAAAGGAGCUGCCAAAGAACACAUUUAAAAGCCUCUCUAAGUCACUUCUUAAACUAAACAUUUCCCACAACCCCCUCCUCCACAUUCAACCUGGCCACUUCAACCACCUGACACAUCUUCAGUCUCUGGCGCUGGAGGGAAUAGAGAUCCCUGAUAUUCAAACCAAAAUGUUCCUGCCUAUGAAGAACCUUUCCCAUAUCUACUUCAAGAAGUUCCAGUACUGCUCCUAUGCUCCUCACGUCAGGUCGUGUAAGCCCAACACAGACGGCAUCUCGUCCUUUGAGGACCUGCUCGCUAACAUGGUGCUGCGGGUGUCUGUCUGGGUCAUGGCAUUCAUUACCUGCUUCGGUAACCUCCUGGUUAUCGGCAUGAGAUCACUGAUCCGAGCCGAGAACAACCUGCACGCUGCCUGCAUCAAAGUCCUCUGCUGUGCAGACUGCCUCAUGGGUGUGUACCUCUUCUUCGUGGGAGUGUUUGAUGUGAAGUUCCGCGGGCAGUACAAUCGUAACGCUCUGCUGUGGAUGGAGAGCGUGGAGUGUCGGACCAUUGGAUUCCUGGCCAUGCUCUCCUCAGAGGUGUCUGUGCUCCUCCUGACCUAUCUGACUCUCGAGAAGUUCCUGGUUAUUGUCUUCCCCUUCAGCAAUCUGCGCCCAAGCAAACUUCAGACUGGGGUGGUCCUGGUCACGAUCUGGCUGCUGGGCUUCAUCAUUGCUGCUGUACCUCUCAUGAAUGAAGACGUGUUUGGAAACUACUACGGGCGAAACGGCGUGUGCUUUCCCCUGCACUCUGACAGGCAAGAAAAAGCUACUGCCAAAGGAUAUUCCACAGGGAUUUUUCUGGGUCUGAAUCUGGUAGCAUUCCUGGUGAUCGUCAUCUCCUACUCCAGCAUGUUCUACUCCAUCUAUAAAACCGGCAUCAACGCCACAGACCUGAGGAGCAGGCUGCACAGAGACGUGGCUGUGGCAAACAGGUUCUUCUUUAUAGUGUUCUCUGACGCCCUCUGCUGGAUUCCCAUAUUUUUGGUGAAAGUCUUAUCACUAUUAGAAGUGGAAAUACCAGGUACAAUCUCCAGCUGGGUAGUCGUCUUCAUCCUCCCCAUCAACAGCGCUCUAAACCCCAUCCUGUACACUCUGACUACCAGCUUCUUCAGAGAGCAGGUGGAACUCUUACUCUGUCGCUGGCAGAGAAGACACAUUCUGAAGAAAGACCGCAAAAGCCUCACUUCCUCCACAAUCUUCAUGGAGGCACAACGAGCUCCUGCAUACCAGCCGUCAGCCUACCUCCAGCAGAUUUCACUGGCCGGUGUGGACCCUCGCUAUGCCUGAGAGACGAGCCAACUAAGCCUGGCGGACAAACAGGGGGAGAGCCCAGAACUGGUUAUUCUUAAGGCCUUUAACAUGGAGCACUUUAUGGUCUUGCUCAAAGUCAUUUCAACGCACAGACACAAGGAGCACAAGAUCAAAGCACCUGACUUAUGAUUGGUGGAUGACUCUCUGCACUACUUGAACUACAGUUUACCCCCAUGUGACGCUCAUCAGACACUGAGUUGUGGAAUCAAAGAUAAAGGUUUCAGCAAAAAAACAAGGAAUUAGUCUUGGACUGAAAAUGCAGCACUCAGACAUGCUUAUAGAGUUCUUGAACUGGCAUGAUACAAAUUAAAACAGCAAAUCAUUGCCUCUG